CCGCCGGAACCAGUGAAAAAUUGCUCGGUGAAAUGGAGAAGCCGGGAGGCCCUGGCCGUGGAAUGCCUGCCGGGGAAUUCCCGCGGCCUCGCCCAGGAAUUCCACUUGCUCAUCAUGGAAGAAGGGAGAGUGGUGGUGAACACUUCCAGCGCGAGCGCGGAGUUCUCCGUGUCCCAGCUGGAACCCGGGAAGAACUACACCCUCGUCGUGCAGGCGGGGAACUCGGUGGGGACGAGUGACCCGGUCGCCAUCUCCGUGGACUUGUUGCCGCUCAGCCCGUCGCCGGAGACGGGGGCGCUGGCGAAGGCCCCCUGGUACCUGCUGCCGACGCUGCUGGGCUCGGUGGCCGGCGGAGUGGUGACCCUGGGGCUCCUCGUCACCUGCCUCUGGUUGGUCAGGGUCAAGGUCACGGGGAGGUCGCGGUCGCGACCGCGGAAACCCACCAACCACCAUGGGAAGGAUUUUCACGCGCUGCAGGACGACGAACAGGAUCCGGAUAUCAUUCCGGCCAACGACGUCGGGGCGAAGACGCGGUCGUGGGGCUCGGGCUACGACCUGGACGCCCUGCAGGUGCUGCCCCCGCCGCCGUCCUUCAUCUCGUCCGCCUCGCCCUCGCCGGAGUCCCUGGUGUCCCUGGGGGGGAUGCCGCUGCACCGGUCGAGGAGCCUCACGGGUGGGGGGACGUCGCUGCUGGAUCGGGAGGUGGAGGAGGGGGUUCGCGUGGGGACGUUCUAUGCGACGCUGGCGAGGCCGAAGAGGGUCAACUUCAUACUUGAACCGAGGGUGCAGACGUCGGGGAGCAUGGCAGGCGUGCACCCUCCCGCCCCCCCGCCCCCUCCCCCUCGGAGGGAGGGCUCCUCAUGGUUUCCGCGGGACCCAGCCUCCCUCGUGAAGCCAUGCCUCCGGCGGACCAACUCCAGCUCCAUGUCCUCUCCUCUCGAGAGCUCUGUAUGA